CAACUGUAUGCGAAGUAUUAGCAAAUCUAUUUAGCAUGCCUCAGAACGAAUACAUCGAGCUCGCGCAGAAGCGACACGGAAAACGAUUGGAUCAUGACGAGAGAAAGCGUAAACGUGAGGCUCGUGCUGUCCACGACUCCUCUGCUAAAGCUCAGAAAUUGUUUGGUUUGAAGGCUAAGUUAUACAACAAGAAGCGUCAUAAUGAAAAGGUGCAAAUGAAGAAAACAUUAAAAAUGCACGAUGAAAGGACGAACAAGCACAAAGACGAUGAAGCUGUUCCCGACGGUGCUGUGCCAGCUUAUCUGAUCGAUCGAGAGGGUCAGUCUAGGGCGAAGGUUUUGAGUAAUAUGAUAAAGCAGAAGAGAAAAGAGAAAGCCGGAAAAUGGAAUGUGCCAAUUCCCAAGGUUGCGGCGGUUGCGGAGAAUGAAGUCUUCAAGCAAAUUUCGUCCGGCAAGCGUCAGAAGAAGGGUUGGAAGCGUUUAAUUACCAAGGCCACCUUCGUUGGAGAAGGUUUCACACGAAAGCCCGCUAAAUACGAAAGGUUCAUUCGUCCUAUGGCUAUGCGUUACACAAAAGCGCAUGUUACGCAUCCCGAGCUUAAGGCUACAUUUCAUCUGCCUAUUAUUGGUGUAAAGAAGAAUCCAAGUUCGCCUAUGUACACGCAGCUUGGUGUCAUGACCAAGGGAACAGUUAUAGAGGUGAAUGUCAGUGAGCUCGGUCUUGUUACGACGACCGGAAAGGUGGUUUGGGGUAAAUAUGCACAAAUAAGCAAUAACCCGGAGUUGGAUGGUGUCAUAAAUGCCGUGCUCUUGGUCUAAAUAAUUGAAUUUUGGAGGCGUGAAGUUCUGCUAACCCGGCAUGUCGUCUGGACUUCUGACGUUCAACAAGUGUCUUAGAGAAAUAAUAUAUAAAAUCGAAACUACUAUAUCCGCCAUUGCCAAUCUUUUGUGUACGAUUAUAUCCCCCGCUGCAUGUUUGCAGUUUGCCAUCUUCCCGUGAAUUACCGUCGGGGAUAGUAUUUUUUUGCCUCUGGUACACGAAUAAGUCCAAAUAGAUUGCUGCAUGAAUUUGGAUGAUUUGCACUGAAGUAUUUAAGUAUUUAUCGGCUUUUCUUCUUUCAACACCCGCCCCCGCCCCC